AUGAACGUAGAGGAGAGACCUGGAACAUCAUUUACAUCUAAGAGACAGGUUCAGACUGAAUAAAGAAAGCGAUAGUAAAUGAAUUUAGGGACUUUGGAGACUGAGGAUAAAAGUGUAAGCGUAGUGGUACUUAUUGUAGACAGGAAUGAAAAUGAGACCAAUUACUCAAGACCAAUAGAGAAACAGUUUGUAAUAAAAGAGAUAGAAGAUGAUUCCAUAGGCAAUUUUAUACGAUAGGGAAUCUUUGUAUGAAGAAGUUAUUAAUGCAAAAUAAAUCAAUAACAAUUUGUCAAGAGAGAACUAGGCUCUACAUACAAAAAUAAAAAUGAUGGAUGUAAAAUUAAUUAAGACUUCUAGGAAGAAAUACAACGAAUGGUUAGAGCAACUCCAAUAAGCGAGCAAGUUGUUAACAACAUGGAAUCAUUUUAUUAAGAUAAUAAACCUUUGAAGCAACAUUUAAUAAUGGAUUUAAAGAAACAACUUAGAAGAUUGCAAGAAGAAUCAAUCAAAAAGGAUUAAUAAAUACAAUUUUUGUAAAAAAAUACAAAAGCUAUGAAAAUAAAAGAACUGGAAAUCGAAUUAAUGUCUUAUCAGUAAGAAGCAUAAAGAUUGAAAGCAUUGAUAGGAAUGAAAUUUAAUGAUUCUGAUAAUGAUCUUUUAAGAUUGAGAGCUGAUUAUAAGUUAUUAGAGGAUGAAUUAAAAUAAUUGAAAAUAAAAUGCAAAGAAUAUGAAUCAAAAGCUACCAUGUAUUAUAAUGAAAAACUUAAAAAGGAUAAAUUGAAUCAAUAUUUAAAAAAUCAGAUUGAAAGUUUAAAAUUUAAAGAUCCAGAAUAUAAGAAAUAAAAUAAAAUUACUGAAAAUGAAUAGUAAUUGAAAUAAGAUAUUGAGUACUAAUCAUCCCUAUAUUGCUAGUUAAAAGUAAGUUUAAAUAGACACAUUGAUAAGUAGUUUGAAGGCCAAAGAUGCUCAAUAUGCAGAAUUAGAUAAGAGAAUGAAAGAAUUGGAGAGAGAACAAUAAUAAAUAAUAGAUUAAUUAGAAAGAGAUAGAUAAUAAUUACGUGAAUAAUAUAAUUCACUUAAAGAAGAAGUGGCAAUGUCAUCUGGAAGAAGGUAUAAAUAGAUUUCAUAUUUUUAAUAGGAGAACUGUUUAAAAUAAUAGUUUUUUUGAAAAUAAACUUGAAAUUCUACCUGAAGGUCCAGAAAUAACAGAUCAAAAAAAGAAAUUGUUGCCUUGUGUAACUAAGGAUGAUGUAAGUUUGAUAUGUAAAUAAAUCAAAUUCAAACUUAAAGCUAUGAAAGUUCCUUUUGAAAAGAUUGAUAAUGUAAUUAUAUUUUUAAUUUAUUAGUUUAUUCAUGGGGAUGCACAUUCAGUUAUUAGAAUUGAAGAAUUAAAUGAUAUGUUGUAGACUGAACCAUUUUUAUUAAAUGAAGUUGAUAGUCUUAAAGUAGCUAGAUAUUUGAUUGAAGAUAAUGAUGAUAGAUUUGUUGAGUUUAGUAUGUUAACUGAAGGUCUAAUAGCAAGAGCUAAGAGUAUACUUAAAAAUUUAAUUGGAAAAUAUACACUUUUGGAAGUAAAAUAAUUUAUAUGAAAUUUAGAAAAAUGAUGAGGAUUAACUCUUUUUAGAAAUUGGAAUUAUUCUAUCAAAAUAUAGAAAUUCUUUAGAGGAUUUCAUUUUGAAAUCUAAAAAGAAAUAAGAAUUAUGUACAGUUGAAGAUCUUGAGGAUGCUCUAAAAUUUGUUGAAUAAACACUUAAUUCUACUUAAUAUGAAUUUUUACUAUUGAAGAAUUAUGAAUUAACAUAAGAAUUAAUUUAGAUAAAUUACAAAAAAUUAUUUGAAUUAUUUUAUAUUGGUAAAUUAUUAUUUAUAUUUUUAUUAGAUUCAUAAAUUCAACAUAAAACUAAAAGUGAAAGUGAUUUACCAAAAGAAUAAGCUAGAAUGUCAACAAAUUAAGAAUAAUAAAAUAAAGAUAAUAAUGAAUUUUAAUUAUAGUAAUAAAAAUAAAAAUAAGAAGAACUUUAAUAAUAAUUAUUAAAAAAAUAAAAAGAGGAAGAAGAAUAAAGAAGAUUAUUAUAAUUAUAAUAAGAAUAGGAGAGAUAGAGAUAAUUGGAAUUAGAAAGAGAAGAAGAAGAAUAAAGAAGAUUAGAAUAAUAAUGGAAAGAAGAAGAAGAGGAGAGAAAGAGGUAGGAAGAAGAAGAAAGAAUUAAGUAAGAAAAUGAAACAAAAAGGUAAAAAUUAUUAGAAGAAGAAAUGAGAAAGUAAGAAUAAGAAGAGACAUUAAGAAAGCAAUAAGAAUAAUAAAGAUAAAAAUAAUAAGCAGAAGAGGAAAGAUAAUAAAAAUUAAAGGAAGAGGAAAGAAGAUUAUAAUAAGAACAAUUAGAAUUAUAGAGAUUGGAAGAAGAAUAGAAAAAGUUAGAAGAGGAAUAUGAAUAAUAAUAAUAAUAAGGUGAUUAUGAUAAAGAAUAGAAUGGUUAAGAUAAUUAUGAAGAAUAUAAUGAUCAAUAAUUUGAUUAAUAGUAAUCGGAAUAAUAAAUUACUGAACCAUAAAAUAAGAGUUAAAAAGAUUAUGAAGAAGAGGAAUUUGAAUAAUGA